ACAUCAUUGCCUCGGAACACACAGGCUUCAGAAAUUAUUAAGACCUAUCGAGAUAAAGAUGUCGCACGAAUUUCUUCACCUUCUCCUUGUAACGAUCUUGUUUGCAACAAGCCAGGCGGCCGCUCCUCCCCUAGAGCAUUAUGGUGCAAACAAUGAUCAGGUUACAGUGAGUGGAAUAUCUGCUGGAGCUUUCAUGGCCGUACAGGUGCAUGUCGCUUACUCCGCCUCCAUCAUGGGAGUGGGCGUGGUCGCAGGAGGUCCUUACUGGUGUGCCCAGGGUAAUCUACUUAAAGCUCUGGGUGAAUGUAUGGAGACCGGGGACAUUAAUGUAGACUAUUUGGCUGGAUUUCCAACUUCAUACGCUUACAGCACGAGAACAAUCGAUGACCCAGUCAACAUGAUCAACGAUAAAAUAUACGUCUUCGGUGGAACAAGAGAUGGCGUCGUCAACCAAAAUGUUGCCAGGGCUGCAGAGGAAUACUAUCGCCAUUUCAAUUAUGAUGACAACAAUUACCUCACCGAAUACACGAUUCCUGCUGAACAUUCUAUGGUUCAUGAUAAGUAUGGGAAUGCGUGUGGUUAUAAGGGCGACCCGUAUAUCAACAACUGUGGAUACAACGCUGCUUUUGAGAUGCUGAAUCAUUUCUAUGGACCAGGACUUGAGAGACCGACAGAGACCACUGGUCAAAAUGGAAAGAUGUCCAGAUUCGACCAAACUGAGUUUUUCAAAUACGAGAACGCGGCAAAGGAGAGUGUAGCUGAUGACGGGUUUGUUUACGUACCUCCUGGUUGCAUCAGCGACUCAUCUCACUGUAGGAUACACAUAGCCUUACACGGUUGUCUACAGCAAUAUGAGCGUGCAGAAAUCGGGGAGGCAUACAUCAGAUAUUCUGGCUAUAACGAAGUGGCUGACCUCAAUGAUAUCAUCAUUAUCUACCCACAAACCAUUGCAAAACCGAUGGGUGGAAACCCCAAUGCAUGUUGGGACUGGUGGGGAUACGCUUCAAUCUCAUACGGGUGCAAUCUGGCUCCGCAGAUGGACUUCAUGAAGCAAAUUAUUGACCGUGUCACCGCCUAAAAGCAUCGGUGAUAUCCGAAAGUGAUUCGGUUAAAUGGAAAGUUUUAGCCAUCGAUGAAUUUGAUUUCCCUCUUCUGAAAAUGAAGGG